AUGGCGAUAUCUCUCCCCCCUGGUUUCCAGAUCGAGCCAGUUCAGUUCGUAUCUGGAGUGCCAGCGCCUACAAUAGCAUCGCCGCUGGGUUUGCUCGAAAACUUCAGUGAAAGCUUUACUGGGCGAGGCCUCAACACAGUCUUUCGCCCGAACAACGGGACACCGGACGCGACACAAUUUCCUCGCGACAACAUCUUGGAGCUGAAUUUGAUAAAUGACACAAUAACGUUCUCCGAAUCAUUUGGCGCCGUGCCCAACCGCGGGUUGAUGUCGCAAAACGGCAUCUUUCUCAAUGGUAUAUCUUAUAUACAGGCUGUCAAUGACGUGACAAAUGUGAAAACCGGGAGGGCCGAUGGUCCUGCCACUGGUAUUCACUUUGAGACUGGACUGUGGAUGAACGUCCCGGCCACGAACAAUACUCCCGUUCUUGGCGACUCGCUCGUCCGCAUGGCGUCCAUUCCACACGGCACAACUAUCAAUGCUCAAUGCCUAGCGCCUACUAGGAUUUUCAAAGGUCCACCCGAUAUCCCAAAAGCCAAUUUGUCGCCAUUCCCUUCAGGCGGUGGCGACCCAGUGCCGCUUAAAAGCCUCAAUGCCUCGCACAUCUCCGAAUUCAGACUCCCACAUGAUCUCUCGAAGUUCAUUGCUGCUGGAACCAUUACCCAAGACAUACUAGAUGAUCCAAAUACCGUUUUGCGCGAAGCCAUCGAAGGACAGAAUAUUACACAUCAUAUCGUCUUUACGGUGUCCACGGCACCUUUAGCUCCGGAGUUCGGUGGUGGAACGGCGAACAUCGCAUUCUUAGAAGGCAACGCCGCCUCAUCGACUCCAAAUGCCAACGUAAUGUCAAUGAAUGCAACCUUCUGGAUCGAGACAGUGCAAUAUGAGCUCGAAGUUCCGAUCUUCAAGCCCGGACAAGCGCCUAUAAAAAUGUCCCCGGCUUCACGACCAGACAAGCCCGCGCCUGUGUUCGUCCUCAGCCCACCGCAUGAAAUCACGGCACCCAAGAGGAUCAAUGUCACUUCAAUACAGAUUCAGUAUUCUCAGGUAAUAUUAAUGAUAUUCGACCAGUUGGCCUGGCCGCACGUAUCAGUAUCUACGCUGAUUCCGUCUCAGCCGGUAUCAGUGCCAGACUCAGUCUGGAGUUGA